CUUAUCGAACGAGCGCAUUUUUCAAACCAACCAAUUUGCGAAACAACCAAUCGGGCCCACAAAAGGCGGCUGCGUACAUGCCCCACAUGGUCAAAAGCAAUGCGUAUACCUCGGAAGAGCAAGUCGAUGUUGGAUGUGUUCCUGGCAUGAACGGUUCAGCCCUGAGGAUCUCCUAGCCGGUGCGUGAUGCAGCCCAUAUCACUAUCACAGUUCCCCAAACGUGCCCGUUCCUGGACGCACGUGCAAAGACCAUGAGUUCUGUUACCCUUUGGGGCGUCGACGUGGUCGUAGCUCAGCUGCUGCUGCAGCGCAACGCUCGGUCGGUGUCGGCUCCUCGCGAUCCGCGGGCAUGGCUCGAAGAGUCAUUCAUGAGCACACAAGGCUGGAUGUGGGGGUUACCACCCUCCAUCAACUCUGCUCUGAGCUGGCAGCCGUUGUGUUGUUCAUUAAAAGUCCGGGGCGUUAAGUGUGGCGGCGUGUGGAAGGUGUGUGACGUGUUCCGUGCGGUGCAGGAUUCCGCUAACCGGAUAUGUCCACGUGCUUGCAGCAUAUUUGCGUGGAUUUCCCAAAAGAACCUCGAAUUUCAUGCAUUUGCUUGCACAUUUCUACAGUGUGGAGCAGAGUGAGGCGAAACACUGCAUCCAGGCACGUCUGACCCACUACUUGGCAAAGCACAGCAUCAGGUAAGAAGGAUCAACAACCUCAUCAGGAC